CUCGGAGCGGCUGCAGGAGGAGGACGCAGGAGCGCAGCAUCUCUCCGAGUCUCCGGCUGGAAGGAUGCGGUUCUGGACGUUCUCCGCGCUGCUGCUGUUCCUCUGCGGCUCAGGACUGGCCCUCCAGAUCCAGUGCUACCAGUGUGAGAUGACGCAGGACUGCGCCACGCCCGACUUCAUCGUCAACUGCACGGUGAAUGUGCAGGACAUGUGCCAGAAGGAGGUUCUGGUGAAGGACGACGGGAUUCACUACAGGAAGUCCUGCGCCUCCUCGGGGGCCUGCCUCAUCGCCUCCUCCGGCUACCAGCAGUUCUGCACCGGCAGGCUGCACUCCGUGUGCAUCACCUGCUGCAACACGCCGCUGUGCAACGGCCCCAGGCAGAAGAGGCGGACCCCGCAGUCCUCGGGCGCCGCCUCGGUCACGCUGCAGCCCCCCCGGGUCCCCGCCGGCCUCCUGCUCCUCCUGCUCCUCCUGCUCCUCCUGCAGGACUCCAUCCUCUGCUGACCAGGCUGGACGCCACGCUGCAGAGACUGAGUCUGGAAACGCCGCCCUGAAGUCUGUGCUUUCACACGUGUGGAGUGUUUUUACAUGUGAUCCUGCGCGUCAGCAUCGGUUCAUUUCACGUGUGAAGGUCACAGCGCUGACACCCCCCCCCCCCCCCCCACCACCCCCCCUCAGAGGGGUUGUGGAAGAGGACAUCUGUGGAUUUAACCAGGAUUCCCUCAUUCCUGUUAGUUUUGUUGAUGCACACAAUAAAAUCAGCAGGAAAGAACGAAAAUAUAGUUUAACGUUAGAAAAGAUCCUAUUUUUAACUGAAAUUCAUCAUUUCUGCUGCAUGACUAUAACCAGCAUGGUGGGAGAACAGCUCGCUGAUUAAAAGGGGGGGGGGGGGUGCAAUAAAUAUAUGAGAGACAAGUUGUUCCAGAUUACAGUUAAACAUUCUGACCAACAGCUUAGAUUUCACUGUAAUUAAAGUUGCUUUUCACAUAU